UCAGCCGCGGGGCGGGGCCGGGCCGCGCCGGGGCGGGGCCUGCGAGGGUGCCGGCUCCGUGUCCGGCAACUGCGCGACUGGGCUGCGGCUCGUCGCCGAGGCAGGCAUUUGAAGCUGUGGGGAGGCGCCUGGAAUCCAGCUUUUGGAGCCAAAAAGACCUGAAACCGAAGCCGGCCCCCACCCCCGAAUUUUACUGAUGAAGAGGCUGGGUCUGCAGAGCUAGAGUGACUGCCCUCAAGGUCGCCCAGACGAGGAGCCUGGGCAUCCCCAUCCAGAUCCGCUGACCUCCCAGUGCACAGACUGGACUGUCCGGAGUCGUGAUGCACGCAGACCCCGGCUUCUAGCGUGCAUGCCCAUGAGGUGGCCCGAGUCUGUUCGGUAGACACCUGAGCCUCGGAGGCGCUGAGCCAAGGCCGCAGGUGCUGCCCGAGGGAGGGUCAUGCUCACGUUCAUGGCCUCUGACAGCGAGGAAGAAGUGUGCGAUGAGCGGACAUCCCUGAUGUCAGCCGAGAGCCCCACACCACACUCCUGCCAGGAGGGCAGGCGGGGCCCCGAGGAUGGAGAGGGUGCAACCCAGUGGGGAAACCAGGACAGUGAGGAGGACUGUGAGGAAGACCCCGAUCCCUACGCCUGCAGUGGGACUCCCGGGCGGCCACCGGGCCUGGAGGAGGAGCUGACCCUCAAAUAUGGAGCCAAGCACGUGAUCAUGCUGUUUGUGCCGGUCACGCUCUGCAUGGUCGUGGUGGUGGCCACCAUCAAGUCCGUGCGCUUCUACACGGAGAAGAACGGACAGCUCAUCUACACCCCCUUCACCGAGGACACGCCUUCGGUGGGCCAGCGCCUCCUGAACUCCGUACUGAACACCCUCAUCAUGAUCAGCGUCAUCGUCGUCAUGACCAUCUUCCUGGUGGUGCUCUACAAGUACCGCUGCUACAAGUUCAUCCACGGCUGGCUGAUCAUGUCCUCCUUGAUGCUGCUGUUCCUCUUCACCUACAUCUAUCUCGGGGAGGUGCUCAAGACCUACAACGUGGCCAUGGACUACCCGACUCUCUUCUUGACCGUCUGGAACUUCGGGGCGGUGGGCAUGGUGUGCAUCCACUGGAAGGGGCCCCUGGCGCUGCAGCAGGCCUACCUCAUCAUGAUCAGCGCCCUCAUGGCCUUGGUGUUCAUCAAGUACCUCCCUGAAUGGUCUGCCUGGGUCAUCCUGGGUGCCAUCUCUGUGUACGAUCUUGUGGCUGUGCUGUGCCCCAAAGGGCCCCUGAGAAUGCUGGUGGAGACGGCCCAGGAGAGGAAUGAGCCCAUAUUUCCUGCCCUGAUAUACUCCUCUGCCAUGGUGUGGACAGUGGGCAUGGCCAAGCUGGACCCCUCUUCCCAGGGAGCCCUGCAGCUCCCCUACGCGCCAGAGAUGGAAGAAGACUCCUAUGACAGCUUUGGGGAGCCCUCACACCCUGAAGUCUUGGAGCCCACGCUGCCUGGCUACCCCGGGGAGGAGCUGGAGGAAGAGGAAGAACGAGGGGUGAAGCUCGGCCUGGGGGACUUCAUCUUCUACAGUGUGCUGGUGGGCAAGGCGGCAGCCACGGGCAGCGGAGACUGGAACACCACACUGGCCUGCUUUGUUGCCAUCCUCAUUGGCUUGUGUCUGACCCUCCUGCUCCUCGCUGUGUUCAAGAAGGCGCUGCCAGCACUCCCCAUCUCCAUCACGUUUGGGCUCAUCUUCUACUUCUCCACCGACAACCUGGUGCGCCCGUUCAUGGACACCCUGGCCUCCCAUCAGCUCUACAUCUGACGGGAGGACACCACAGGAUGCAGCUGUAGAGUUUCGACACUCUAGUGCCAUAUAUUUUUAAGACUUUACUUUCCUUAAAUAAAUAAAAGAAUUAAAAAAAAAA